AUGGCCCUUUUCGAUCCAAGUGGAAAUUUAGCUUGGUCCAAGUCGCAUUCAGGGGUCAAGGCUCGCCAAUAUCUCGGUCAAUCAGAGACGAGAGAUGGGAGUACGACGUCAGAGGCUAGGGUCCAUCUUGGCAUGAGGUGGACAACCCAUCAAGAGGCAUCUUGCAGUAUGUAUGCAGCGCAGCAAAGGUCAUGGCCAAAGAUGGCUACAUGUUUCUUGUUGCACGACCGGGAAGACGACCAUCUCAUACGGGCCCAAUACCAGUUACAAUGCCAGCAAUGCAACAAAGUCAACGAUGCCAGAGGCCAUAUAAAUGAUGGGAUGUUGGUGUAUUACCUCCCCCGUUGGCUUCUGAGGAGGACAGUCAAAAAGAAGUCAUUGAAGGCGAGCGUCCUCCAACACAACAGGGACGAAACAUACCACCAGAGAAUGUGCAUCCGGUACGCCAAAGUCCGGCCCACCGCGCUCUGCGGCAACGAGCACUGGACAACCCUAUCCCUCGACAAGCGCAACUUCCACGACAGCCUCUGGAACCUGCGCUUCCACACCGCCACCUCGCGGCCCUACUGCCUCGCCCACCCGGACCAGCGCGCCAUCCCGCCCUACAAGAUCCGCGGCACCACCGGGCCCCCGCGCGACGAGUUCUGGCUGCUCUGCCCCCUCGCCCGCCCGCGCCCCGGGUACGCCCUCUACGACGACGACGUCUCGCGCGUCUUCGACCGCCUCAUCGCCACCCACGAGCCCAUCUGCCCCGCUGCUGCUGCUGCCGCUGCUGCCAUGGUUCGCCGUGAUGAGUGGUUCUGGGACGACCCGGACGCGUUCCUCGAGUGCGAGGGGUGCGUGAGGGCCCAUGCGGCCACCGAGGGGUUGGAUAAGGAGGGACCCCUGGCGCAUAGGCGGCGGAUUAGGGAGUGGAGGAAGUAUUGGGGGAGGCAGCCGCUGGAUCCGCGGUGGCAGUGGUUUAGGAAUUUGUUGAGGGAGUUGAGUAGGCUUUUGCUGGAGGAGGCGACGGCUGCGCGGCCGAGGGGUAACGUAAAGGCUACUGGAUUCAACAAGGCGGUCCAAGGGGAACAUGGAGUCGAUGGAAUGAAUCACCACGUCCCCAAUCAAGCCAAAUCCAAAGUCAAUGCGAAUGAACGGGGGCUAUCGAAGAAGAUCAAUGAGUAA